AUAUCAAAACGUUUACACAUUAGCUCUUCUUAUAAUACAUUUGUAGAUUUUUCGUGAAGUAAUCCAAUUUGAACAAAAAGCAUAUCAUCAUGGCUUCAAGUAAAGAAAUAAGAAGUGCUCAGGAAGCCUACAUGAAACAUAUGAGGAUCUCAAAGGAUGAUAUCAGGAUAGUUUUAAUUGGAAAAUCUGGUUCCGGAAAAAGUGAGACUGCGAACAAUAUCUUAAGAGAGAAAAGGUUUAAAACAGAUAUGAUGGCAGAAUCAGUCACACAGUUGUGCCAAUCACAGACAACAGUUAUAUCGGGUAAAAAAGUAACAGUGGUGGAUACACCGGGUUUAUUUGAUCCAAAUGCGAAAAUAAAAGACACACAGACAGAAAUUGCAAGAUUCAUACAGAUGACCUUACCAGGACCCCAUGUGAUAGUACUUGUCACAGCAAUAGGUAGGAUAUCACAGGAAGACAAAUCAACAUUGAAGAAAUUCAAAGAUCAAUUUGGUAGCGGAAUUGAGAAUCAUAUCAUAUUUCUGUUCACCCACCGUGAAAAUUUGAAAAGAACUGAGAAGACAUUUUGUGAAUUUGUUUCAUCUACUACUAAGUCAUUUCCCAUUCUUUCAAAAUAUGGGGACCGGUGUGUGGCUUUUGAAAACUCCAGCGAUGGUGAUGGUGGAGAUUCUCAAGUUCAGGAACUCAUGCAUGUUAUAAGUCGUGUUACAAAAGCAAACAGUGGACAGUGUUAUACAAAUCAGAUGUAUAUUGCUAGGUUAGAUGAGAUCGAAGAUGAGCGACAGAGAAAAGAACGUGAAGAAAAUGAGAAACUUGCAAGAGAACGAGCAGAAUUGAGGAAAAAAGAAAGGGAAACAGAGGAAAACCGCCGAAAAGCUGUUAAGAAAAAAGAAAAAAGAGAAAAGAGUAAAUUCAACAAAAGAAUGCAUGCAAUCGAAGAAGAAAAAAGAUUGGAAAUGCAAAAGAAAGCAAACUUAGAUGCUGAAGCUGAAUUAUACAGAGUAAGACAACAGUUGGAGAGGGAUAGACAGAAAAUGGAUGCUGAAAACCAAAGAAGAAUAGAAGAACUGAAACGACAAGAUGAUGAGAACAGACACAGAAAACAGAAAGAAAACGACAGAAAAGAAAGCGAAAACAUGAACCAAGGUUUAGAAAUCACAGAAAACAGACCAGGGCAUGAAGUUGGAAAGCGGUUAGAGAAGCGAGAAGAAACAAACAGGGAACAAAUGAAACUUGCAUCGGAAAACUUACAUGUCAUGGUUGAACAGCUCGAAUAUGUCGUAGUCUGUGGAAUUGAAGUAAUGAAUUUGACAAACUACACAUUUACAGAUCCAAAGAUUACACUUGAAAAGGGUAUGACUUUGAUGUCACCAAAAACAAUAGAACCUAUGUCGUCAGGAUGUAUGAUUACUCAUAAAUUUCCAUAUUCCGCGAAUGGAACUGGUGGCGUCGUCUCAUGGAAAAUUCCCGACCCGGCUGGAUAUGGGCGUUUAAACAUAAUGUGGUCAGUUCCAUUCAUGUUUGAUAACCACCUUAGACCUAACAAAGUUGUAGUUAAAGUUGCACAUCGGCAUCUUUUAUUUCAGAACAUGUUUUCGUUCAACACAAUGUCACAAGGCACAUCUGACUGUGGUAAUGAAAAAUUCCAGAUUUCUGCAUCCAUAGGACUCGGUAUAAAAGAAGUUAUUAAAGUUACCAUUACCCCACUAGCUAUUUGUAAACGAAAUUGAAGCACCGACCUGCGACAUCAUGAAGAAAGAAGCUUGAAUUUUUUAAUAUGUUUUUCCUUUAGCUCAACCUUUUGAUUGCAAUGUAAAGUCGAGUACAAUGGUUUUAUAUUGUUAUUACCUUUUAUUGAUCAUUCGUUGUUUUUAUGUAUUAUACGCGUACCUCUCUUCGAUGAAUGAGUUAUACUGAUGGAUUGUCACUGUUCAUUCGCUACUACGUAACAUGCAACUAUCGUUGCAUUUUUUUCAGGAUCUCUAAAUCAUUGUUUUCUUGACCUUAGAAUCAGACUUGAUGUGAGCAUAUUAUACCACAUUUAAAUUUUGUUCAUUCAUCAGUCGGCAACUCACUGUUAACUUAAUAAUAAAGAAUUAAAAUUUAAUCCUGGUAUCUAUGAUGAGUUUAUUUCGUACACAAAACUAAAAUAUUCCAAAGGGAGAAGGAGGGAUAUAGACCACUUUGUGUUUUCAAUUUGGAAAAAGCAUUUCACAUUAACCAAAUAAUAUCCUUCAGAUGUUCAAAGGUCAUUAAUCUCAAUAUUUGUUUACUUUGUUUGAACAUAACGGCAAAAACCUGCAAAAAUUAACCUCAUUUUGUGAUAUUGUCAUUGUUAUUUUGAUAUACAUGUAAGUGAAGGUGUAAUCUAAAAUAAUAUUUACCAAACAUGUCAAUGUGUUAAAUAAUUUUGAGUUAAGGUAUUGUCUCAUGUUUAAUUUGCACCAACACUAUGUUGAAUCUGAUAUCUCAAGUAGGUGAACUAGCCUACA